GAGGGCUUUUAUUGGCUCUUUCGACGACGUUUUGGCGCGUUUGCGCCCGAUUGAUCGAAUCCGAGGUUCGUUGAAUCUCGGAGAUAUUUUUUGAAAUUCGUAAACCGGCAUCCGUGUGACUCUUCGGGUUCUAGACGAAAAAGUGCGAAGUGAUUUUUCCUGAAUUAUGACGGAAACGCAGCAGAAAGCCAGGUGUAUUACUCUGAAAGGAUCCGCCGAAUUGGUUACACAAUAUCUGAAGUAUGGAGUCAAUAGUAUACUCUAUCAAAGAGGAAUAUAUCCACCGGAGACGUUCCAAACCUCGGAACACUUCGGCCUAUACAUCUUCACGUCCAUGGACGAGAAGAUCACAUCUUUCCUAGACACUGUUCUUGGUCAGAUUCAAGAUUGGCUCAUUCAACGUAAAGUGCAAAAGAUCACGCUUGUUAUAACGAAUGUUAAUACGAAGGAGGUACUAGAAAAAUGGGACUUUAAAGUCGAGAAUGAGGAUCAAAAAGCUAACGGAAUCAGUGGCAAGACUGAUCUGCCAGAUGGAGAGACAAAGGAUGUGAAAACUAUACAGAAGGAAAUACGUGAAGUGAUACGUCAAUUACAGGCACGGUGAGUUUUUCUGCCUCUCUUGGAUUGCCUAUGCUCCUUCGACAUACUUGCAUACACAGUACCUGACUGUAACAUUCCUAAUCAGUGGGACGAGACUCAGCCAGUUUUUAUUGCAAACAGUCAAGAGGUACAACUUAGAUCAUUUUCAACUUCUAUACAAAUGGAUACUAUAGUCAGUUAUAAAAAUACGUGAGCUUACUUGUUUUUCUAUGUGGUAAUUGUAAA